AUGGCCCUCCGAAAUCUCCUCCCCCUCUUCGUCCUCCUUAUCGUCGUCUCCGUCAUCGCCGUCAUCGGAUAUAUCGCGUGGAGCGUCGCCCAGGAAGUCACGCGCAACACGCGCUCGAAAAUGGAGAAGAAAAACGUCGUUUGGACGCGCGAUGGUAUGAAAGUCGGUGUGAAGGAAUUGAAAGAUGAGGAUUAUAAGGAUCGGAGUCAGAGUGUCCUCGUAAAUAUAUGGAAUCAUACUUCUUUUCCAGCGUAUAAGAGUCGGUUUUGGAAUAUGGAGGGGCUGGCGGAUGAUGGGAAGGAGGCCAAGAGGAAGUAG